AUGAUAAUGUUAUUAUUUUGUUUGUUUCAGAUGAUGUCAAGCACUUGUAAUCGGAGCGUCGUGCUCUUAUUAAUACUGUCUGUCGUCACGUUUUCGAACGGUGACAACAGUGUCCACAUAUAUUCUAAACUACAGCAAUACGUAACAUCCAGUACGCUUAAUUGGCUUCCGGUAAAUCAUUAUGACCCAUCAAAAGAGAUUGUUAUUGGUGGUUUCCAACGUGUACCAAACGUUGAGACAAAUGGUCAAGAUCCCAUGACCAAAGAACGGGCAAUGUUUGUGUGCCGUGUCUAUCACGGUGGCAUAUGGGUAGCCGGGAGCCAGAUUGAAGGACAAAAUCGGUGCACCGUUACAUUACUAGGCAAUUUUCAUUCUUACGAGCGUUAUGAAUUGCUUGAAAAUGUAGAGAAUUCAGCGCGACUAAGCUGGAUCCCUUGGGACAAGUUCCACAAAAUUCCAACGGGUGCUGUCGCUGCGGACACGAUGUUCGUAGCUCGACACGUUGUUUCCGCCGAAGAUGAUGAGGAGGAAGAAGAGGCCAAGAAUGAUAGCGUCUCGCCAAGUUACACCCACUACAUUGGAACGCUUGAUCACAAGGAUAAACUCGGGACAAUCACCUACGUUAAAGCCAACGGCGAAACGGGUUCAAAAUCAAAAGGCGAGGUCCUUGUCGAGUCAGAGCCGCUUUACUAUGACUUGAGGUCCGUCAAGCUGAAUCUUCGUCGUAAGCAUGUUAUUAAAAAUGAACCGAAGAUACUGGGCGAAGCAACAAUAAUCAAUUCACGCGAUGAGCCAGCCAAGUUAGCAGAGGCGUUUGGAUACACCUACAAUUACUCCAGUUACUGGGGACAGGGUCACGCUAUGAUUAAGGCUCUCAAUACUUCUAUCAUGCUUGUCAAUGCGUGGAGAUCAAUCUCGAACCAGGAACAGCAGUUAACGUAACACUCAAGGCUAAUUAUAUGGAUAUGGAAGUACCAUACACUGGCGAACUUAAUUCACAUUACGAGGACGGCCAGCAGAGAUCGCGAGAUAUCGUUGGAAUGCGUAGAGAAGAAACAAUGCGUGAUAUAACUCCGGUAUUUAGUCCGAUAUAUUUCAUAAGCAAUUUUAGUAUCGUGCCUACGACCUUGGCUCCUCCGACGACACGUGGAACCACUACUACUUUGAAGGCCAGCACCUUCAGCAGUAGCAGCAGCGCAGUUACUAGCAUCACCAAAAAUAGCGAGACGUCCUUGGAGACCACUCCUGAUAUGUCAAUUAAGAGCGAAGAUGAUGAAAACUCAAUAAUUCCACCGAGAAAGAGCGACCCCAGUAUGCAGAACGAUGAUGGUGGGCCUGAAUUGCUGAAGAACCAAGAACCAGGCGCUGUUACGGGAUUCUCUAAUGUAUUUAAAUCAAGUAUUACGUUAUUAUUAACGUCCGUCUUUGUAAGUCUGUACAGGAUCACGUGA